CAUCCUGGGAUGGGUGCGCAUGCGUGUUCCACCCAGGUUCGAAUGUAGAGCGAACUUCAUGUUGCGAAUGGAGCUACUUUUGGGCCCAUCUUGCAUGAAAAAUUGGGUGAUUUAGCUGCUCCGAUCAGCUGCACGUGAAAGGGGACGGGGUUGUCCUCGUAGGGAGACAUUGCAAUCGCGGACCAGGGUUCCACAGCUUGCAGAGAGGAGCCGGACUGUGAGGGACGUUGCACGUCUGGCCUGGGAAGUGUUGGUGUCAUGGCAGGAAGAACGCCGACGAGACGGCGACUGAAGCGGCCACAGCCUCCUAUUUACAAUGGUAUCAUCAACACAGACGAGGACAAGAACAACGACUUCGUCUGCCCAAUCUGCUUUGACAUGAUAGAAGAGGCACAUAUGACAAAAUGUGGCCACAGUUUCUGUUUCAAGUGCAUCCAGCAGAGUCUAGAAGAAAGCAACCGAUGUCCCAAGUGCAACUUUGUGAUAGAGAAGACAGACCAGAUCUUCCCAAACUUCUUAUUAAACGAAUUGAUCUUGAAGCAUCGACAGAGACUGGAAGAAAGAAAAAGAGUCAAGCUGGAUCAGCCUAAUGGGAUGAAGCUGACGGAGUUCCAGGAACUUCUGUCUCAUGAAGAUGAUAACCUGGACAUCACCGAUGUCAACCUCAUGCUGGAAGUCCUCUAUCAGAAGAAAACAAGACUAGAAGCUGACUCCAUAGCAGCACAGAAUCAAAUAUUAAAAGAAUUCCUCCAACAUGCAAGAAGAAGAAAACAAGAGCAACUAGAUAAACUGAUGGGAGAGGUCUCAGUAUUAGACCAGGACAUGCAGAGAGUACAGGAAAUGAUGUCGAGCCAUCAAAGCAAGUACCAACACACAGGCCUGGACAUGUCCAGGGUAUUGAAUGGCCACGACCCACCAUCUCAGGCUACGAGCUCUGACACAUCCAGCACAAGCUUAGUCCCAGUCAAGACAGAAGGGAGAACAGACAGUCCAUCGGAAGGCUUCAAUGUCAGCAAAAACGUCAGCAGAUAUCACUGGUUAAACUCCACCCUGGCCAGUAGGAGGACCAGACUGGACCAGCACUUUGAUGACCUGGAAAAGUGCUACUUCAGCAUCAGAUUAAAAGAGUUUGGACAAACUGAGACCCACUCUACAGACAGUCUGUGUGAGUUCACGGACAGCCUGACCAAGUUCACCAAGUACAGCGGCUUCAGACCACUCGCUACCCUCAGUUAUGCCAGCGACAUCUACAACGGCUCAAGCAUAGUCUCAAGCAUUGAAUUUGAUAGGGACAAUGAGUAUUUUGCAAUAGCGGGGGUUACCAAGAAAAUAAAGGUGUUUGAAUAUGGGACGGUAAUACGCGAUGCAGUGGACAUUCACUACCCCUGCAGUGAAAUGGCAUGCAACUCCAAAAUCAGUUGUGUAUGUUGGAGCUCCUACCACAAAGGCAUGUUGGCCAGCAGUGACUAUGAAGGCACCGUGACUCUGUGGGAUGCCUUCAAUGCAACAAAAAGUAGAAUGUUCCAGGAGCAUGAGAAGAGAUGCUGGAGUGUAGACUUCAACCAUGUGGACCCCAAACUCCUGGCAUCAGGGUCUGACGAUGCCAAAGUGAAACUCUGGGCCACCAACAUGGAGCACUCUGUGGCUUGUCUGGAGGCCAAGGCCAACGUGUGCUGUGUCAAGUUCAACCCCAACAGCAGGUUCCACAUAGCCUUUGGGUCUGCAGAUCACUGUGUGCAUUACUAUGACCUGAGGAACACAAGGCAAGCCCUGAAUGUGCUGAAGGGACAUAGGAAGGCUGUGUCAUAUGCCAAGUUUGUCAACUCACAGGAGAUUGUUUCUGCGUCAACAGACAGCCAGUUAAAGCUGUGGCACGUCAGCCAGUCCCACUGCACACGCACUUUCCAGGGACAUAUUAACGAAAAGAACUUUGUUGGCCUGGCAUCCAAUGGGGACUACGUUGCAUGUGGGAGUGAGAACAACUCCUUAUAUGUGUACUACAAAGGCUUGUCCAAACAACUCAUCACCUUCAAGUUUGACACGGUCAGAAGUGUUCUGGACAAAGAGAAGAAGGAGGAAGAUGCCAAUGAAUUUGUCAGUGCUGUGUGCUUCAAAGGGAAUUCUAAUGUUGUUGUUGCUGCCAAUAGUCAGGGUACAAUCAAAGUGCUGGAGAUGAUUUAAGAAGGUACACUUCCCUGCCUGCUGUCUGAACUGCAAGAGUCCUGCUGAAAAUCACCACACAUCCUGAAGACUUCCCCAGCAUGCAAUUCACACUGGACAAAUCACGUCUAGGUUGCUGGCUUCUCAUCUUGUUGUCAUCCCUCAAUCUGCCUAGGCAUUUCCAACAGUCCCUCUUACCAAGUAGUGUGAUAAGAUGUUUUGGCUCAUGCGAGACAUCAUGCCUUUCUUGCCUGAGCAUGAUAAGACACUGCCAGAAGUAGGACCUUCAGGGCAUCUUGUAAUAAAGAAAUUUGUUUCCAUGCUGGAACUGUACUGCAAGAAUUAUAAUUGCACAUAAUUGUUUAAUGAUGUAUGUGGUCUAAUUUCCUUGUGAAGAUUUAAAGACAGGACUUUAUUAUUGUAUGUCUUUGAACACCUUUUUUGUCAUGUUCCCUGGCUGCUGAUGUUCUUAUAGUGUAUAAUGCCAUGUGAUUGUCCCUCACGAGAUUUUUGUAUGUUCAACCAUGGUCCUUCUAACUCCAUGGUUCAACAUUGUAUUUAACACUGGCAGUAAUUUCUUUGUGGCUGCAAUGAAGAUAUGUUGAAUAUUGCAUUGUAUAGUUAUCUGGCACCCUAGAGAUAUAAGAAUUUUUAUCAGCAGAAUUUCUACUGUCAGAAAACAUUGUACACAAGGAAGACAGUACAAAGUAAGUACUACAUGUAUCAUACAGAAGUUGAUGUACAGGUCUACAGAUAGUGUGAACUUUGUCAAUUCAUUUCACUUCAAGUUUGAUUCUCCCUUAAAAUCCUAAUUUUUUGUUGAUUCAUUUAGCCCUUGUAGUUCUAUAUGAUACAAGCAAAUGUUGAGAAUCUCAAUAUGUAAUAUUCUGACCUCAUAUUCACUGUCAAAUACUAGUAGCCUUAAGUUUGGGUCUACCUGGUAAUUAUUUUCAUGCUAGAAUUGGGGAAGUCAAAUACAGUAAGACAUUCUUAAUUUGAGACUAACUUCUUACUACCUGAUAUAUCAAUACAAAAUACUACUGAUAUUCUACUGAUUUUCCACACUGUGUUGUUGUGAUGCUGCUGAGAUGCAACCAGAUAAAAGGACUGACACCUUUUGUUUACACUAAUAGAUGUUUGAAUGUUAUGUCCUCUGUGGUGGAUCUAGUAUAGCACAGAUGUUCAAGACUUGGUUGUAGCACUUCAUUUACAUUCAGUCCUCUCAGAUGCAAUAGUAUUGUCUUACUGUAGUCUGUUAAUGUAUUGACAGGUUUCCUUUUUUUUAGUUUCAUCCUUUAGAAUCUUUGUUAGUUGUAAGAAAUGUUUUUUUUUCUAGACACACUGCCUUAUGAAACAGAUAUCUGUUUAAGAUGACCCAUAGUGUUGGACCAUCAUUGUUACCUGAGGUAACUAAGAGUCCCCACCUAUUCAAACAAACAUGAAACAACUGAGUUUCACACUAAGCAUGUUGCACUUUCAACAAGACGCUCUACCAGUGUUCAAAACUGCCCAUAGCUGUGAACACACUGCCACCUCUCCAGCUUACUUGAUGUACCAUUCAUGUACAUUUUGAUUCAAACAUUUA